UAUAGGCACACAGUUCCUGGCUUCAUGUAACGUCUUCGCAAAGAAUUGAAGUUGUUCGUUUUGCAUUUGCUAAAGGACAUUUGAAUUAUUAUAACACGCAGUUUAAUCGUAGAGUGUUUUUUAAGCAAACAACUUCAUCUUUAGUGUAUCAACCAUAUCGUCUCCUGGGUGCUGUAGCAAAUGGCUCUGUCGGCUUGCCGAACUAUUGUGAACGGGAAUUCCAUGUUUAUAAUCAGAAACAAAAUUGCUCGGUUUGAACGAUGGAGCUUUAACGUCGCUGGAAAGCUGUUUCGUAGCUGUGGUUCUGUUUUUAACGAAAGACCAGCAACAGGUCAGACAGUGGUUACAGAGAAGAAUGGUCCAGUGGUUACUGUGGGGAUUAACAGGCCAGAGGUGCGUAAUGCAGUGAACCAAGAGACUGCCCAGAUUUUAGCCAAGGAGCUUUCAGCUUUUGAUCAGGACGACACCCUCAGUGUUGCUGUGCUGCAUGGAAUAGGAGGACAUUUCUGUGCGGGUUAUGAUCUUAAGGAGCUUUCCCAGGGCUCUGCCUCUCUCAAGCUGAAGCAAGAUGUUAACCAAGGUCCUGCACCAAUGGGUCCCUCUCGUCUGAGGCUAUCCAAGCCAGUGAUUGCGGCAGUGAGUGGUUAUGCUGUGGCUGGGGGAUUGGAGCUAGCUCUGUUGGCUGAUCUUAGAGUGGUGGAAGAGAGUGCCAUCAUGGGGGUUUUCUGCCGCAGAUUUGGUGUGCCACUGAUUGAUGGAGGUACAGUGCGGCUGCCACAGCUGAUUGGUCUGUCCCGAGCCCUGGAUCUCAUUAUGACUGGCAGACCUGUAGGAGCUCAGGAAGCGCUUACAUUCGGACUGGCAAACAAAGUUGUGCCUGACAGACAAGCUUUACAGGCAGCUGUGGAACUUGCUGAACAGAUCAGUUCCUUCCCUCAGCUUUGUCUCCGUGCUGACCGUAACUCCGCCUACCACGCUACCUUUGACUCUACCUCUUUUACUCAGGCUAUGCAGUACGAGAUCGACCACGGCCUGCCAGUCAUCACCGCUGAAUCUGUCACCGGGGCAACCAGAUUCAGCUCUGGUGCUGGUCGAGGUGGAAAGUUCUCUUGAAAGAAUUUGACAGUUCACAAACAGUAUGACCCAAAUAAUAGCAGCGGUAAUGUUAGUAAUAGUAGUUUGAGAGAAACAUUGGAUUACUGUGUAAUACCAUAUCUAAUGGUCUGUUUUCCAAAGAUAGUUUUUUAUACUUCAGGAUUUUAGCAGUGGUUUAUUUGGGUUUUGUUAAAUGAUGGAUACAGCAUACAUACAGACACCAGAGAUGCAGAGCAUGUGAUAAAUGCAGUUUUCCUCCAGUUUCUUCUUACAUGUCCUAAAGUUUGUCUUUUGUGGAUUGAAAUAAUAUAUUAAAUAAUCCUACUCCUUUGGUCCUUCUGAAUGUUUGAUGGUGUCUUUGGGUAUUUACUGCUUAUUUACUGAGAAGUUGUUUUCUUUUUCAUAGUAUUUGUAAGAAGAGACGUUUUCGCUCUUGAAAAGAGAAAGGUUUAUAUGAACACAAUUUGCAGUGGUGAAAAAUGUCAGCCAGUAACUUGCUAAUUGAUCUUAAAAAUUGUGUAACAAUUUUGGAAAUGAGGAAAAUCACUGAGAUUUAAACAAAGCCAUUUAGAGUGGUUGAUGUAAAAUGCUGCGUUGUAGAGAAACUUACCAACUGUGUUUUUGUAUGUAACGAUGAAAAUUGUAAAAUAGUGCUAAAUCUGAAAUAAAUGUUUUCUUUGCAUGCUAUUUUUCUUUACAAUGCUCUGCAUGCCCCUCUCGCUAUGAAUGAAGUUAAACAGUAAUAAAGCAAGUUUCUUUAGAAUAUAGUGUUUCACUUCAACUGAUUCUGAAUUACUUUGUUAACAUCUGAGUGGUUGAAUUAUGCAGAAAUGUUGAAUAGUCAGUGGAAUUACCCUUUAAAGGAAAAUAAGUAUAUCUGGAUAACUUUACAAGAGCUGAAAAUGUUUCCCCAAUCUUAUGAAAAUAAAUGCUAAAGAUUUUAAUGAAUAAA